CGGGCGGGUCGGUGUUGUUUUUGACGGCGUCACGGGCGGCUGCGGCCCCUGGUGUGUGCCGGGCCCCGCUCGGGGGCCGCGCUCAGUCUAGGAAAUCCUCUUUGAAGAUGGAAGAACUUAGGGUCUUGUUUAGACUGGAAUGGUGGUUCUCUCUGAAACUGGUAUUUAUUCUGCUUCACAGGGAAUAAUGUGCUUUGAAAAUGUCUGAAAAUUCCAGUGACAGUGAUUCAUCUUGUGGCUGGACUGUCAUCAAUCAUGAGGGUUCUGACAUAGAGACAGUGACUUCAGAAAAUGGAAGCACAAAUGAUAACCAUGAAUUUGUUUCAGAAGAAUAUGUUUCUUUGCAAGAAGGGGAGCAACCAGUUGAUUUGCAAGCUCAGUGCAACAAUGACGGAGAGAUACCAGUGGUAGAUAAUACUCUCUCUGCUUUUGAGGAAACUCAGGCAGUUCCAGAGGGAGAGAAAGAAAAAAUCCCUGAUGAUGGGUCCUGUAUUGGAACUAUUAGCGAUGAUUCUGACAUUGUUACAAUUGAAGCUCCAAAACCAGAAGAAACUCAAAGUCAGGAGGAAGCUCCAGCUGAUGGUGAAGAAGCUCAAAGUUCAGAGGAUUUUAACAUGGGUUCCUCCUCUAGCAGUCAAUAUGCAUUUUCCCAUCUAGAGACUGUCAGUUGGCUGGAGAAGCUGAGGAAGAUUCCUGAUUGUGUAAGGGGAUGGGGAAAUGAGGUGAAAGAGCAUGUGUCUCGCAGUCUUCCUUUCCAAGUUUUUUCAUCUCAGGCUAGCAAUGAUGAAUCAAGUAGUGAUGAAACUAGCAAUCAGUCCAGUCCCACAGUACGAAAACGUCGGGCUAAGAAGAGGCUGAUCUCCAGCUCUGAGACUGAGGGUGGGUCACCUGCUGAACCGGAGUCUGAACCUCCCAGGGAAGAGCAGCACAAACGCCAGUUCAGUAGUGGCCUUAACAGAUGCAUUGUACUAGCUUUGGUGAUUGCAAUCAGCAUGGGCUUUGGACACUUCUAUGGUAAACCUGAAGGUACAAUACAGAUCCAGAAACGUCAGCAGCUGGUGACAAAGACACGUGAAUUAAAAGAUAUGAAAGAUGACCUUUACCAGUGCCAACAAGAGCAAGGAGAUAAAUUGCAUCAUAAAGUGGGGUCACUCAAGGGAGAUCUUGCCACAUGUUUGACCUCUACUGAGAUGGAGAAGAAAUCCUUUGAAUCUCAAAAAAAAAGUCUUGCCGCAGAAAAUCAGCACUUAAGAGAAUCUCUGGAGAAGGAAGAAAAAGCUUUGGCUUCACUUCAGGAAGAAUUAAGGAAGCUAAGACAACAAAUUAGAAAUUUAGAAGAUAAAGGUACUAGCACUGAGUCUAUUGUAAUGGAAAAUCAGAAACUAAGGGAACAUUUGGAAGAGGAAAAGCAAAGAAACCACAACUUUCUUAGGCAAAAGGAAACACUCUUUGCAGAGGCACAGAUGUUAAGGAGAGAACUGGACAAAGAACGUCAUGUUACAGAAGCUCUAAAAAAAGAACUGGAACAGUUAAGUUCUCGUCAAACACCUGACAAUGCUAAUGACGAUGAUACAUUAAGAGAAAAUCAAGAAAUAGAAACUCUUCGAGGAAGACUAGUAGAACUAGAAAAAAAGCUAAACUUUGAGCAACAACGUUCUGACUUAUGGGAGAAGCUGUAUGUUGAAGCAAAAGACCAAACUGAAAAACAAGAAAUGAAUGAAAAGGGACAAAAGAAAGGUGCUAAAGGGCAAAGUAAGACUAAAAAGAAGUCAAAGGAAUCAUUUUUUGGUUCAGUUAAAGAAACUUUUGAUGCAAUGAAAAAUUCCACGAAAGAGUUUGUAAGACACCACAAAGAAAAGAUUAAGCAGGCUAAAGAAGCAGUGAAAGAAAACCUGAAAAAAUUCUCUGAUUCUGUAAAGUCUACAUUCAGACACUUCAAAGAUACCACAAAAAACAUCUUUGAUGAAAAGGAGAGGAAAUCAAGUGAUAAAAGACAUGAGGCACACAAGAAAGCUCGAACUUUUUACCGAGAACAUAACUCUUACGAGAAUCUGAAGCACAGGCAUUACAAGGGACCUAACGUGCCAAAAGAAUUCAAAGAUGGAAGAAAACAUCAGUUUACAACAUUUGAAAAAGAUACAGAUUCACAGAAAUUUCUCAAUGAUCCUUUGUGUAACAGAAGGCAUCAGUUUGUCCUAAAGGGCUGCUCUGGUAUUUUUGAAUGUGCUCAUCAAGAAUUCAUUAGUCUCUUUAACAGAGUAUCGGAUCCUAUCAGGGUGGAUGAAUUUAAUCGGCUAAUGAAAAAGUAUUUGCAACAAGUUGCACAUAACUUUCAUCACUGGAGAGAACUAGAAAAUUUCAUCAAUAAGUUUUUUCGUAAUGGUGUAUUUAUACACGACCAGAUGCUGUUCACUGAUUUUGUUAAUGAUGUCAAGGAUUACCUGGAAGAUAUGAAGGAAUACCAAAAUAAUAAUGAAAAGGUUUUUGAUGAUUUGGACAAAUAUAUCUACAGAUACUACUUUCAUUAUGAUAAUUCACCCCAGUAUGGACCCAGUCGACCUAAAAGGCCUUCUUUUACACAAACUGAAAAUUCCAGACAUGAAAAACAAGCUCAGAAGUACCACCACCGUAAUAAAAGAGAAGGUAAAUGGCAUAAACAUGGUCGCACUAAUGGAAGACACAUGGCAAAUCUUGAAAUAGAAUUGGGGCAAUUACCCUUUGAUCCAAAAUAUUGAGUAAUGUAUGGUAAAAAUAAGAUUAGAAUUCACACCUCCGGAAACUAAUUUUUUUCAACAAAGCAGCAAGAUGCAAGUUUUUUCUCUAAAUAACUUGAUUUUUACACAUUUUUUUGUUAAAAGGCAGAAGUCAAGCUUUCUAAUUUGCAUAUUCUGUACUGUUGCUUUAACUGUUCUUUGGAAGUGGUGAUAGUUUGGGUGCCAGCAGUAUUGUUGCAGAAACUAGGCAUGCAAUGUAUAUGAAAAAUAUGCUUAACUGCAUUCCAUUAGUGUAGUUCAAGCUUGAGUCAUGCACAAUGUACCAAUAAUUAAAUCCAAUGUUUGAUAUACUAACUUAAUCUCAUCCUUCAAAAAAUAGGUCUACAUUAUAGUAAUGUAUUUGUUAGUGUUUUUGUAAUCUUACUCUUGCUUCUUGUCUUUGGGGGGGGGGGGUUCAAGAGCCUGUUGAAUUGUGAAGAAUUUGCUGUGCUGCACUCUAAUCAGCUUGCUGAUUUAAGCACUUGAAAUGUCUUGCAUAUCUGCAUAUUGUAGAAGAAAAAUAAAGAGACAUUGUGGGUAAAAGUCUUUAUUUAUAAAACAAACUUGGUAUAGCUGUACAGUUCUAUAAAAAUGGUCCAGUCUUGUCUAAUUUCUUAUUGUUUAAGUAGUCAUAUGGUAACUUUGGUCUUCCUGAUGUUUUCUAGUGUUGUAAGGUAGGUCAACACCCCCACCCUGCCAUACUGCUACUGAAGUUGCCUUCAGGAAGAGGUUUAUGUGUUUCCAGAGAAACAAUGGCUGCCUAAUCAGAAUUCCCCAUUUGACUUACCCGGUUUCAGACUCACUACUCUCUCCUUUCUGCAGUACGAGAUCUUCUAAGCAUAGUACUGCUAAGCAAAACUGAUCUCAUUUAGCUCUUAAGUCUAGAAACUGAUCUUCAGGUACGAUUAAUUUCAGGUUUUUUCCUGUAGACGUAGAUAUGGCUUCCAACUCGUCCUUGAGGUACAUGAGUGUGAAAGACAGUAGCUGUUCUCUCAUAGCCCCUUAAAGCUAGAAAUGACGAUAUUUCCUGUAAAUGAACAUACAUUAGUUUCCACAAUCAGAAAGUGCAGUUGGGAGCAUCAGAACAGUGUUGCAGGUCUUCUGAAAACUAUCAAUUCAAUUAUUCCCUGGAAGUUUUAUCCUUUAUUUUAGGAAAGACUGCUAGAAAAAGAGGUAUCUACCCUGUUUGAUCCUGUCCAGAGUAGAUAUUCACCAGACACCAUUCAGUACAUGAACUUCAUAAGAGAAUUCAGGGGAAAAGGUACUCUGACUGCAGGGAUUUUUGCUUGUCACUGUUGCUUACUUUUAAGUGUAUGGUUCUGGGAACAGACCUCACAUCUAUUUUAAUAUGGCUUGAGGAGAAUUCCAUAAAACACUACUUUAUGGCCUGUAGAAUUCGCACAGAGGAGAGGGCAUACAUGAAUGUUAAGUACAUAUCACUAGAAUGGUAUCUAUAGUACAUCAUGGACUAGGGGGGUCAAUUUUAAUUUAAGCUGUGUUUUAAAAAGUUGUGGAAAACAAUUUUCAAAAACUCUCCCUUAAUUUAUUUUGUAACUUGUCCUCAAAACUAGUUUGUUUCAUCUUGUUGUUACCAUACCUGUUCUAGCACACUGAAGAAGAUCAAGUGACUGGGUAAUAACGUAUCAUUGUAAAACUCCUUAUUAAGCCAGCCAAGUGGAUUAGAGUAAAAUACAUCUGCUUCAUCAAUGUAGCUCUCAUUUCCAGUUAGGUCUGGAGGACAUUGAAGGAAUCUCAUUUUUAGAGGACAGUGAACAUGACUAGGGAAAAAAACCAAAACAAACACUUCAGGAUAAACUGAUGACUGAAAUGACUCACUUAAAGAUACCUCAGUCAAAACUGAAAUUGAUUAAUUAGGUUUUUUCCCCCAGAGUCAUAUUUUCUUCCCUUCUGUACUUCAUAUGAAAGCAAAAGUAGAACAAGUGGAUUCAGCUCCAAACUUCUGUGACUAUGUCGUUAGCAGUUCACAGAAAGCAGAUUUAUCUUAAUAAAAAUACCAUCUCUAUAACAUCAUUUUCUUAAAAAGGUACUUUUCCAUAUCUGCUUUAAUGUUUUGCUUACUUGCCAGGAUCUAUUGCUAACUUUUUGGAAUACUGACCUCAGUCAUUGUACAUUGUAAUUACAUUUCUUUAGCAGCAGAAGGUAAAAUGAAUACAGUUUGACUGUAACAAUUAGUCUUUAGUUUUGCUACAAAAGUUGCCAUAAUGAAGCAGUAGGACUUACUUCCAGAAGUCAUAAGCCUUACUGCAUAUCCUCAUACAAAGUUAUUUUACAAAAACUGAAUAAAGCUUAGAUGCUGAAUUUUAUUCUGUGGUAGAAGCAUUUGGCUUAUUUCCCCUAUUCAUUCUGUACUAACUGUAUGAAAAAUCAAAACUCUUCCUGUAUAUGUUUAUCCAUCUAAAUUUAUUAAGUUUGGGGGGGUGGAAUCUUAAUUUCUGCUUAAGUGUAUGCAUUUUAAUAUAGUACACUGUUAACUAUUUUAAUACCUGUAAAAUGGAGUAGAGUGGCAUGGCAUCAUGAUGAAGACAAAAGCUUGUGACUGGUAAGAGCUAUUGCAGAGUUGCUGUAUGUGACUCAUAACAUCAAGAGAGCCUCGCUGGUGAAUCAAGCCUGUAUACAGAGCUGGGAGUAAGUUGGAUAAAAGCAGGAAACUUGCUGCAGACUUCUUCCAUGCUUUCAGGUGUUUCAAAGAAUAUCCUAUAGAAACAUUUGAGUAAGUUUUAGAGAUAAGCAAAUACUAACAAUUCCACACAGUGCUUUUGAAAGUACCACAACUUCCUGGAAAACCCAUUACUCAUUUGAUAACAGUACCUUGCUUUGAGGUAUUUUAAUACAGUGUUCCUUCAGUCUUUACUCUUUGAAUGGAAAUUCAAAGGUUAGACUUUGCACUUACUAACUUCUGGAUUUAACAGUGUAAAUGUUAAGCCCAUACCUGUCUUGAAGUACAGAAGUACAAUUGCAAAGCCAGUGCUUUGUCUCUUUAGAGCUUAAUUUUAAUUUCUUGUGGGGAAAAAUAGUCCCUUCAGUAGUCUGGAUGAAUGAUAUGUAGUGACUUACUGAUGUGUUCUGAUUCAUGCAUGUCCAAGUAGAGCCAGAAUAAAUGGUAACUACAUGUG